GGGGGUCCAGCCAGCAACCCAGGCAUGUGUCCUGAUUGGAAAUCGAACCCUCAAAUCUUUCCCUGUGGUACUCAAUCUACUGAGCCACACCAGCUAGGGCUAAAACUUUUUUUUUAAACAAAAAAUUCAGAAUAGAUACUUUUACCUCUAUUUAGGAGACUGGGUGGGAGACCUGGUGACAUUAAACUGGCUGUUGGGUUUAUAAGUAUUCAUUAUACUUUAUAACUUACAUAUGAUACAAAUUCUAUUUAUCAUAUACCAAAUAUUAUACUUUAAAAAAAAGCAUACAAAAAAUGAUCAGCGAAGAAGCUAGGUGGCGUCAAAGGCUUGGACAAAUAAAGAGGUUAGUCUUGCAGCCUACACGCAGGUAUAGGUUAGAAAUAACUGAGUUACCUUUGUUAACUCAGUAUUAGGUGUGACCGGAUAUCCACCCUGUCAAACAAAUUCGUUUGAGUCUGCACUGAAGGGUCAAGACUUGUACCUACUACCCAAGCUUCUCAAACUUGCUGGGUUUUAUGAAUCAAGUGGAAUCCUGCCAAAAUGCAGGUUUCCAGGUAGCUCCCAUACAGAUCCCGAUUCUGUGCAUGUAGGAAGCGGCCGGAGAAUCUGUAUUUCACAGGUUCACUGCAGCCCAGCCCCAUUUAGCAGGAAAAAAACGUUCCGCCCUCCCGCGAGGUCUCCCACAAACUAAAAAGAACCUAACGGUCAGCACUACGUAAACCCAACGAAACAAGCGCCGCCUUCCCCCUUCCUCGCAACUGGCCUCUUAAGCUCUUGUAGGGAGACUCUCCUAUGAGUCCCUAAAACACAUCCAUCUGAAUGACAAAAAAUGAUCACGGUAGAAACAGACGGGCUCCUGGCAAUUCAACUCGGCUCCGCCCUCCCGGCCCCGCCCAGAUCCCUCUCCCUCCGGGCGAGUGAGGGAAAAGAAAAAACGCGAGAUACAGUGUGGAGGCGUGGCCCCACCCUGACCAAUGGAAGCUGGGGGCGUGGCCAUGGGCCUUCCCCUCAUUGGCCCAGUUGUCCGAGUGGGCCAUCGUUUGUAGAGGCGGAAGUCACGCUGAACCCGGAACGUGUGCUCUGCCUAGCGUCCUAGGGAUACUGCAGCUGCCGUCAUGGUCCGGAAGCUUAAGUUUCACGAACAGAAGCUCUUGAAGCAGGUGGACUUUCUGAACUGGGAGGUCACUGACCAAAACCUACAUGAGUUGCGCGUGUUGCGGCGUUAUCGGCUGCAGCGGCGUGAGGACUACACGCGUUACAACCAGCUGAGCCGUUCAGUGCGCGAGCUGGCGCGGCGCCUGCGCGACCUGCCUGAACGCGACCCAUUUCGCGUGCGCUCCUCCGCCGCGCUGCUGGACAAAUUGUACGCUCUUGGCCUGGUACCUACGCGCACGUCACUCGAGCUCUGCGACUUCGUCACGGCCUCGUCCUUCUGUCGCCGCCGCCUGCCCACCGUGCUUCUUAAGCUGCGCAUGGCGCAGCACCUCCAGGCUGCCGUGGCCUUCGUGGAGCAGGGCCACGUGCGCGUGGGCCCCAAUGUGGUCACCGACCCCGCAUUUCUUGUCACCCGCAGCAUGGAGGACUUCGUUACUUGGGUUGACUCAUCCAAGAUCAAACAGCACGUGCUGGAGUACAAUGAAGAGCGCGAUGACUUUGAUCUGGAAGCCUAACGGGUCUUCUCUCGCCACUGCUGCAUUUUAUAGGUUGGGAAGCUGAGACCUGAUGUUGGAGAUUCUAUAAGGGCGCUUUUCCCCAAGUGUGUCAGCCAGUCCUAGCACACUCGGAGCCAAAGGGUACGCCCCUGAUUUCCACGAAAUUUUCCUAGCCCUUGGACUAUUGAUAAUUAAAUGUGACUACCUUGAAACAACGGGAAGCGGUUUUGUGCCGCGCUGGGGAAUUAUUAGGUUCAGGUUCCUUUAACAUUGUAAUGUGAAAGCAAAAACUUCGCAUCCCACCCCUGCUUUCCUCUUAUGCCCUAGCGGGACAGUUUGGUUCAUUUAAUUCUAAUUUUUGUUGCUGUUCAUGGUUAAGCUAUGUGCCAAUGUAGAGAAUUUGGUCUUAAGUUUUUAUAAAAUGGGUAAGACUUUAGUGAACAGUAUCCCGUCCCUUGUUUAAAGGAAUGCUUUUUUUUUAAUGCUAAUAAAUGGUCCAACUGCUUUGUAAGUACAAA